AUGCCAGCAAGUGCAGUGGAACAUCUCGAACAAAAGCAAUGUAUUGCCCAGAGUCCAGCUUUUCUUCGCAGCGCAGUAGUGACUAAGUUCCUUUCCUACCAAAGUGCGGCACACGCUCUCUUCAACCCUGUGUCGUUAAUAUCCACUAUUGAAACUCCUUCCAAACGCUCGAAGUCGGGAUUUAACGUAGCCAAAGCUGUGACUGAAAUAGUGUCUCCUGACGAAAUCAUUCAGCCGCCGAUGGAGCCUCAGAAGCACCCUUUCGUCAACAAUGUCGUACCCGAAUUGUUGGUCAAUCUCAAGAAGUUAAUAUGGGUAUCUCAGUGUGAUAACGGUGCAUUCUGUCAUGAUGUUGUAGGAGACUCGGUGCUCAUACGCGCACUUAUUAACGGCCCCAAUGGAAGUCCAGCCCUUGCACGUUUAGUUGGCCACAGAGACUGA